GCCGACGGUUGAGUCAUCCGACCAGGAGCCACCCGACACGCCCAACGAUGAGCUUCGAGAGGUCGAGUUAGAUGAGUUAACCACGGGAGACAUUAUAAUUGCGUGAGUAAGAUGCACUGUGUUUCCUAUGUCUUUUGAUUUCUUCUUGCUUUCAGGAUAAUGGGACCUACUGGUGCCGGGAAAAGUUCGUUCGUGGCCAAGGCUACCGGGAUUAACGAAGGAGUGGGCCACUCGUUAACUUCCCAUACAAGUGAAAUCAAGGCCACUAGGUGUAUGAUUGGGGGAUCCGACGUGGUUCUGGUGGAUACGCCUGGUUUCGAUGACACAAAGAAAUCCGAUCUACAGAUAUUACAGAUGAUCUCCGACUGGCUCAGCAAAUCGUACAAGAAGGGUACCUUACUCUCAGGCAUUCUUUACUUUCAUCGCAUCAGCGAUAACCGCAUGGCUGGGACUCCGUUGAAGAACCUCCGAGUUUUUCAGAAGUUAUGUGGAACGAAGGCGAUGUCUCAGGUUGUCCUAGUCACCACAAUGUGGGACGAAGUGGACGAGGCUGUUGGCAAUGAGAGGCUUGAAGAAUUGAAGGACAACUACUGGAAGCUCAUGAUUGCACAGGGAUCGACAACAUACGAUUAUCGGAACACCCUCGAAUCGUCAAAGCAGUUACUUUCGCAACUGGUUGAGAGAAAGCGACGCGAGGUUCGCUUGCAAAAGGAGAUCGCAGAUAAGCAUUUGGAGUUGCGCGAGACCGAUGCAGGACGGGAGCUGUAUUCUCGUUUGGAUCAGAUUGCGGAGAAGCGGGCGGAAAUACUCGCGAGGAUUACUGCGCAGAAAAACCUAGCAGGAGACCAGAAGACGGCGGAUGAUCUAAGGAAACAAUACGAUAGCCUGAAGGCUGAGCUAGAUGAGACAUUACAACAGAUGCAGGCUCUGAAGUUAACUUCCAUGAAACGGGCUGCAGCAUACAUUCGCAAGACGUUCAAAGUGGGUUAUCAUCUCUUCCUCUUUCUGCGACCUUUCAUUUUUGGUUAGAAAUAAACCGACGUCCGAGUCGCGCCUUGAGAGGCAGGAUGGGGAGGUACCCAGGUCCUGGCUGCACUCUCAAGUCAGCUGGUACGAUAAAUAUAUCCACCUGUACAUG